GGAGCCGUGCGUUUCCUGCCGAAAUGAGCACGUGCUUCCGCGAGAGGUCCUUCUGUCAAGUCGCUGCGCGUUGUUGUCGCCGCUCGCGUGUAGCCCUUUAAAUCUCGCCCACACCGCGAAGCUCUCACGAGCGAACACGGCCCGGUGUUCGGUGGUUUGGGGUCUGCCUGUCUUUCUUUUUUUUUUUUGCUCAGUAACCUGCGCUGUAAUUGAGCAGGUCUGAACAGGGUCAUGACGCUAGAAGCGAUCCGGUACCGGUCCGGGUCUCUGCAGAUCCUCAACCAGCUGCUGCUGCCGCGGGAGACCGUGCACGAGGAGAUCCGCUCGGUGCAGGACGGAUACGAGGCCAUAAAGAGCAUGAAGGUGCGUGGUGCUCCUGCCAUUGCUAUUGUGGGCUGCCUGAGCCUGGCAGUGGAGCUGCGGGCCGGUGCUGGGGGUGAGGAUCCCGUGUCAUUCAUUAGGGAGUCUCUGUGUCACCUGACCUCAGCACGGCCCACCGCCGUCAACAUGGGCCGAGCAGCACGUGAGCUAAUGGAGUUCACAGAGAAUGAGAGCAUGGAGAAAGCCGGACAGCAACUCAGAGAAAGUGUAAUUGGUUGGAUUGAGGAAAUGCUGGAAAGAGAUGUUAAUGAUAACCGGAAAAUUGCUAACUAUGGAGCCCAGCACAUCCUGUCCGGAGUGCCGCGAGACUCAGUCACCAUUCUUACACACUGCAACACGGGCAGCCUGGCCACCGCCGGAUAUGGCACCGCUCUCGGUGUGGUGCGAUCUCUGCAUGGUCUGGGCCGUCUGAAGAGGGUUUAUUGUACAGAGACGAGGCCUUAUAACCAGGGAGCCAGGCUUACAGCGUAUGAGGCUGUGGCCGAGGGCUUCCCUGCUACGCUCAUCACAGACAGCAUGGCCGCUCUCGCCAUGAGGGAGAAAGGCAUUACAGCUGUCGUUGUAGGGGCAGAUCGGGUCGUGGCUAAUGGUGACACGGCCAACAAAGUGGGCACCUACCAGCUGGCCAUUGCUGCAAAGCAUCAUGGAAUACCGUUCUAUGUGGCAGCUCCCAGCACAUCAUGUGACCUGAGUCUGGAGAGUGGAAGAGACAUCGUGAUUGAAGAGAGACCACCUGAGGAGCUCACCAGCAUCAGUGGUGUCCCUGUCGCUGCUCCAGGAAUUGAUGUGUGGAACCCAGCGUUUGAUGUGACUCCUCAUCAGCUGAUCACGGGUGGGAUCAUCACCGAGCUCGGCGUGUUUUUGCCAUCUGAGCUGCAGGCCGCUCUCACCGGCCGUCUCACCGCACUGUAGAGUCCAAGCUGCCCCCCGCAGGGCACAGUGUGUUACUGCACCUUCACUACUGCUUCACAGCUCGCACCUUCAUUCCCAUUAGUUCACACAGCGUGGACAUCUCACCUUGGUUAAAAAUAUACACAUACUCACAUGCAGAGUAAAGUGAAAAUUACAACACGAUGAUACAUUUUUCACAGCCGUACAACCACCGGAAACGCUUAUAAAUCAUACAUACAUACAGACACAUAAACACCAACCACGUUGUUUCAUGUCUGUUUUAAUGCGGCUUUCAGCAAUCUGUGUUCUCUUCUUAUUUAAUUAUUCUUUAAUUGUCCUUCCCUUUUUCCUUUCUUGCUCAGCUCCAGUCCUUACUGAAUGGUGUGUUCCAGAGCAUGGCUCUAGAGAGGGCGUCUUGUUUUAUAAUCGAUUUCCGAAGAAAUUACGUUAAAUGAAGUCAGUUCAUUUGUGAAUGUCUUUCCUUUUAAAGCGUUAAAAAAUUAGCAUUUUAGCAUUGAAUUCGAUAAAAGCUCCAUAAAAUAAGGGCUAUCCAGUAGUGUACAUGUACAAAGUCAGCCAUAAUGUCUGCUGAUCACAAAGACCUUCUGAACUAUAAAUCUGAUAUUGAAAUGUUAAUGAAAGUCAUUUUCAUGUGACACUCGUAGAGGGCAUCCACACACCAGCACCUGUCAGGCAUUCUUUAUAAGUAUUACUAGUGGAUCAGUUUCAACAUAAAACAGGGACGUGUCCAGGAGCUGUGAUGUUCCUCCAAUGGUCCAGGAUCCAUCAUGGAUCUCUGUUUCCUGAUCUCUCAUAUCCAGUAUUUGGAGAGCUGAUGGGGAAAAUGUGGUAUUUUCUGGAAUUUUUCUGGUCGGUGUGUGUUGGGUUCAUCUAUUAUUUUUAUUUUUUAAGAAUAAAAUAUUGACUUGUCAGCUUGUCAGUGGCUCUACAUACUCCUCCCAGGUUGAUAUUUUUGGAGCUGUGUUCUGUUUUCGUAAAGGAUUUAAUAAAAAUAGCAUCAGUAUCUGUAGAAAUACAUUCUAAUUAGAGCAUUCUUAAAUUCCAGAAUGUGGAAAAUCAUUUGUUUAAUCCUUCCUGUCCUCCUCAAGACAACUCAUUUUAAUGUCUCAUUUUCAUUUAGUUGUUUAUCAUGAACUAAAAAAUAUACCACCAAAAAAAACAUGAACACAACGUACACUGACUCAUCCACACAUUUUUCCUCAUCUGCUCUGAAAAUAUUUAACACUAAAUAAAUGAUCAGAGCAAAUCUUAUUUUAGAACAGAAAUUACCCAGAAUGCCACGCUACAUUAAUUUGCUAAACUGAGAUGUGCUGAACUGUAUCUGAAACUUGAAUCUGUCAUCUUUUGUGUUUAAUUCUCAGUGAAACUCCAGAACCGUACUUUACCGCUAACACGGUAACAUCUUUGAAAUCUUACAUAAAUGCGUAAUUAGCUAGCUGUAGUCGUAGGUGGAGUGAAUAAACGGUGCUAUGGAGCUAGACGUUACACUAUACCUCACUAGAUUACCCACAAUCCUCGCUUCCUGCUGCUUAUAGUUGCUUUUUUUUUUUUGUUCCUCUCAGUGUGGUCUGUGUUGUCUCGCCAUAACCGCACGCAUACACACUUUGUAGGAUUCUCGCAAUCAUAGCCAGGGCCUUCACUCCUUAUACAGCGUGGGAAUGAAGCUAAUGUUGUUGAUCGCUAGCGUUUAAGUAAUCUGUCAAUGUGAAGUUGAACACAAGACAAAUCAGUUGGGAACAUCAACAUUUUACUCAGAUGUUUUGAGGAAUUGUUAAGAAAAUGCUCCUUGUGGCUAAAAUUCUUGCAUAAUUAAGUUUUGCCUCAAUUGCUAACUGAAUUUCAACUCCUUCCAUCAUUUUGUGGUGGAUCACAAAUUGUGUACCUUGGAUGAGAAAAUAUUUACUACUUCAGAGUGAGCAUUAAACAUGUCAUUUAAAAGAAGUAAAUAACAUGAAGUGGUUGAGCAUGAUGGCAAAAUGUUUUCAAACCAAAUAAGUAAAUAAAUAAAAUAUUUAUGGACAGUAAAAGCUAAUUUUGCCUCAUGUUAUCAUGCUAGCUAGCAACAUUAGCUUUCAUUCAUUCAUUCAUAGGGACACACACUAGUAAUGAAUGUCUUAACAGCUAGCAGGUGCGUCGUGAUAAUCGGUAGCAUUGGUGUUUUAGUAAAAAGCCGAUCCUGAUGACGACUCCGUGUUACUGAAUGUAGCAGAGCCAUUUCUCCUCACUGCCACCAGCAGAAACCUUUCACCGUGUCACAUUAGCAUUGCUAUUAUUCUAUAGUUUAGCAACAAAGGGAUCGCUGUAUUAAGGAAAAGAACAAAAAAUAUGAUGAACAGUGCCAUAAAAUGAACUGGAUGAUCAGAGAGGCUGUGAAUUAUUUUUUGUUUUUUCUCCCCAAACGAUUUAUUAUUUCAAAAUACGGACACAGUUAAUGUUACUUAUGAUUUGUUUUUAGCACAUUUUAAGCUGGUAAAAUGAAAGUUUCUGAGUGGUCUGUAUUACUCUGCAUGACCAAGAUAAUCAAGCAAUAACUGAAAAUUCGUCCCAUUUCUUUACUGAUAGAUAAAUAAACAGUUAGUCGUUACAAAUAUAUCCGUCUAUCUGGACAAUGUGAAGGAGCGUCGAAGAAGAAAACAAGACAAAGCAAUCAUAAGUAUAAACAUUUUCCUCAGAUUUGUUGAUGAAUUAUUCAGUUAAAGCUCUGUACAGUUAAAUUUAGAGGUUUUAAGGAUAUGAAAGGAAAAAAGGUCAACAUGUUUUUCUUUUUUAAUGGUCAGUCUGACUGGAAAGGAAAUGUAGCAUGAUUAAAUGAAUGAAUGUCUGUCUGUCUGUCUGUCUGUCAGUCAGUCGGUUGUGUAGCUCAUAUCACCAUUAUCAUCAGAAUCAUCAUCAUUUAUCUGGAUGAAGUUUGCUUAAAGCAUCACAGUGUUGCAAUCAGAAUCCUUGUGAUCCUUGAGCUGAUGUAUCUACAGUAUUUCUGUGGAUUUUUUAAUGUGUUUAGAAAACAAUACUUCUGUAUUAGUUUUUUUUUUUACUUUGUAUAAAAACAUCUAGACAAACCUGUAGCAAAUCUUUGACCAUCCACAUGUUUACUAGAUCUCCUUCACUCAAAAGGUACAAUUUUGCAUCUUCAUGUUCAGAUUUACCUGAUUUUAUUUAGAUAUUCUACAGAUAAACACAUACUAAGUUGACAGUUUUCAGGUUAUCUGUCCUUGUAGCUACACUUGUUUUCUGUGUGGGUUUUUAUUUGUUAGAUAAAUAUUACAGGUCACUCUGUAGGUGUAAAAUGUCUGAGUAGACCUUAUAAAGUGGCAAUUCAGUGUUUAUACAAUCUGUAUGCUGUAUAUCUACAACUUGUGGUUGUUGGUGAUGAAACUUGUUUAAAAGCUAUAACGGAAGGCCGUUUUCACACACAGCACAGCUUCAUGCUCGUCUCAGAAGUUCACACGAGCCACGAGCCAAUCACCUACUACACCAUACUUUAUCAUGUUUGUCGCUCACUGUGUUGUUGAGUUCCCAAGGUCAGGCUCGAGGCUGGGAAUCAGUUCGUCUUUUAAAAAUAAAAAGAAUCUUAUA